GACUGACUACACACAGUGAGCACUGGCUCAGUGUUAUUAAGACCGACGUACAGUGGCGAGGGUGUGACCUCGGUGUGGUGAAGGUAGACAAGAACUUCCGACCCUGAGGAGAAAGGCGGCAGCCCGAGAUAACAGCGAUGGACUCUCUCAUCGCUCUCAGCAAUAGAUGCUCGCUUGGUGACUACCUGGUGAAGAUCGGCUUUUACCUGAGCGCUGCCAUUCUCAUCUACCAUUGUAUAAACCCAGGUCGGUCUUUGACGAAAGGUGGAGCUGCCAUAUUUGAAGAUGUCCCGUUAGCCAACACGAGCCCGCCCUGGUUUCAGCCGGAGGGAUGCUCUAUGUAUGGGUAUCAAAGCAGUGAUGUGCGGGAUUGUUUAAGUCAUAAGGCGACAGACAAAAGAAAUACCAGCUUACUGUUCAUCGGAGAUUCUCAGGCGAGAGAUUUGUUCACAUCAAUGGUGGCGUUUGUCAAACCUGACUACGUCGUGCCUGAAGAUACCAAGUCGGCAGCACUGACUGAUAAUAUACUGGGUGUCGAUUUCGAAUACCGAUCUGCCAAGAGCAUUAAUGAACUUCGUCUAGAGUAUAAGGUUUUAACAGAACGGAGCAACUUUGCCCCAAACUUGGUGGUUCAUGGAAUGGGAUGGCAGAAUGAAAGAAAGUUGGACGGGGGACUGGAUGAGGAAUCUAUGGAAGCUAACUGGACCUUGGCCUUGCCCACCAUUGAGAAAGCCUGUCAGAACACCCUUUGUCUGUGGAUGCUACUUGAAACUCAGACGAAAGCGACCUCUGCUGAACUUGGAUCUCUCCACCUGUCAAAAGAGGAGACACUAUAUAAUAAUUUGUCCAAAAAGUUCUUGGAUAGAGCACAUGUUACAUUUUGGAUGUCAGCUUUGAAAAUCGCAAACUUUAAAGCAUCCGAUCAUUCGAAGGCCGUCUAUCUGAAAUCUCAGCUUUUGUGGAACUGGCACUGUAACAGAGAUUUACAUUCCAAACUUCACACCUGUUUUACUGGUGGCAACGAGAAGAAGUCCCUGUUCACUUUUCUCACUCCAGUUGUUGUCAUAUUGUUUAUAAUCUACGAAUGUGUAUCAGUUUACAUACGACGAUGUUGGCUAGGGAAUACUACAGACAGUGAUCAAGCCAAGAAAAUGGGCCACAAACUGGAAUUACUGGGCUCCAUCAUCAAACUCGGACUAAUCAUGGCGUACUUCCAUUUAUGUGAUCGUGAGGAUGUUGACUGGAUCAUAAAGGAGGUCAAGCAGUAUUCACAUCUCAGGUUCUUCAUUUCUCUAUCACUUGUCGCCCUUGCCGGUUUUCUAACUCUCAAGAAGUCAGAUGACGUGUCAUUGUUACACAGACAGCAGACGGAAGAGUGGAAGGGCUGGAUGCAGCUUGUCAUCCUUGUCUAUCAUUUCACAGGGGCCAGUAAGGUCCUACCUAUUUAUUUUGUAGUCAGGCUCCUUGUGACGUCAUACUUAUUCCUCAAUGGAUAUGGGCAAUUUACAUUUUUCUUUCUCAAAGGAGAUUUUGGUGUCAAGCGGGUUCUUCAGACUUUCAUCCGGCUAAACCUUCUAGUCCUGUUACUCUGUGUUGUGAUGAAUCGAGCCUAUCAGUUCUAUUAUUUCGUUCCUCUGGUAUCAUUUUGGUUUGUCGUCAUCUAUACCACAAUGGCGAUGUAUCCGAAGAUCACAACGAGCCUGAUAGAAAGUAAGCAGAACCAAGGCUAUUGGUACGCGGGUAUGGGAUCAAAGCUUGUCGUAUUGACAAUUGUCAUCACGUUAUUGUAUGUCUGUAAGACCGGGUUUGACUGUCUUUUCUCGAUCCCAGUCUUGGCCCGUAUGUUUGUUCUGGACGACAGCGUUCAUGAGUGGCGCUUUCGCUGGCAACUGGACAGAUACAGUGUGGUUUGUGGAAUGUUUUGCGCUUUGGCUUAUCAGUAUAUGAAAAGGAACCAUCUGAUACAAGAGUCUGCAGACAAGCCGCUGUUCUCAGUUCGGUUCACGCGCCUCAUAAUAGCCAUGGCCUUGGCGGUAAUGGCGGCAUACCCAGCAUUUGCUCUUCUAUGUCCCGAUAAAUACCGCUGCAACGAAAUUUAUCCGUAUUUCGGAUAUUUACCGGUCUUGAGCUUUGUGCUGUUAAGGAACACUCAUCCUACUAUCCGGUCUUCCUAUAGUACCCUUUUUGCCUGGUUCGGCAAGAUAUCACUGGAAUUGUUUAUCUCCCAGUAUCACAUCUGGCUUGCUGAUGACACACACAAGAUAUUGGUGUUCAUCCCAGGUCAUCCAGUGCUCAACGUUCUAACAACAACCCUCAUCUUUGUGGCCGUCUGCUGCGAGAUUCAGACGGCAACCGCUCAUUUUGCCUCAUACUUCAUCCAGAGGAAAGUAACAAAGCCGCCAUUACUACCCAAAUCUUGAUUUGUUUGUAUGAAGAAAUUGUUAUAUAAUUGUACAUUUUGUUAUUUAUGACUUGGUACUUUACACCCAGCGUGUGGGUUAAUUUAUGGUAUAUUAUAUACAAAAAACGAAGUUUAUGAACUUAAAGCGAACAGGGGUGUCGAGUGACACAUCCGGGUCAUAGAGGGGAUAAAUAACGUUACCUCCAACGUUAAAGUAUUGCAGCCGUCGGAAGUAACUCACAAUAAUCAAAGUUUGCUCAGUUUAUGUGAAUCUUGAACUGGGACAUCCGAAACUUUCCGGGAUUUAAGCAUAGUUUCAAGUCGACUAGUUACAAAAUUACACACACAAGGAGAAGAGAGCGGAAUCCUCGCCUGUCGCCAAAGUGUACAGUGUUGUAGCUUAGGCAUAAAUCGCCAUGUACUUUUGCUUGCCCCAGAAAGACCAGUUCUGUUCAUGCGUACUUAUCUGCGCUCGAAAGCGCUAUCUGGUAUAUUAGUCUUUGUGAUGACUGAUGAACCUGUGACCAAAACGUUUUGGAGGAAAUAAGUUAUUUAACUGUAAGUGUAUUUUUCUGUGGGGCUCUAUAGAUGAACUAGAGGAACGUUUUUGGUUUUACUCAACUAUACUAUUUAAAACAGCGAAAAGAGAAA